AAUUUUGCAGUACUGGCUCUAAUUGGCCGAGGUUUCGAUUAAAAAAAGAAAACAAUAACACGGAAAAUGUAAAGUGCUCGGGAAAUUGGAAUAAACAAACACUGAUAACAAACUGUGCACAAUGGAUAUUGCCCACAUUGAGCUGAGCGUGGAGGCGCUAAUUGGCUCCCUUGUGGCCCUGAGCGUACUCUUUCUCUUUUGUCGCAGCAUUCUGGCCGAAGAUAUUGUGAUUUGCAUAUCGGGUAAAACACGUCACAGUUGGAAAUCAAUAAAAAUUCUCGAACAAGCUUGCUUCUGCAAUGUUUGUGAAAUUUUGUUGACACCUUCGGCCGGACUCUUUUGUGACUGUUGCGGCCUUUGCACGCAUUCGGCGCCAACGUGUCAGAAGCAGGCCGAUGCCAAUUAUCACUGUAAGGACAAGUGGCUGCGCAAUGCGGAUUCAGUGAGUCAUUUAUGGGUGCGCGGCAACUUGCCCAUGAGCUACAGCUGCGCCGAAUGCGGUCAGGAAGCUGAACCGGAUCAUCACAGCAGCUCAGCCGGUCCAGGACUCUACGGCUGGCGUUGUGCUUGGUGUCAACGCUGCUACCACGACAAUUGCUACAAGAAUGUAGACACCAAAGCUACGUGUGACUUUGGCGAAUUUCGAGACAUGAUCUAUCCGCCCUAUUGCAUUGUGGCGGCCAGAACUCGUGAAUCUGUGCGUCUGCAUUUGGCUGGGAUUAAGCCACCCAAUAUUGAGAACUGGGAACCUUUGAUUGUAAUUGCCAAUACCAAGUCGGGCAGCAGUACGGGCUCCAAUGUCCUGUCCCUGCUGCGUGGCUUCUUACAUCCUAUGCAAGUCAUGGAACUGGGCACACGUGGUCCACAGGAUGCCCUGCAGUGGGUGGCAAAAACAAGUCCACGACCAUGUCGCAUUCUGGUCGCUGGUGGUGAUGGCACCAUUGGCUGGGUCCUCAAUACUAUCUACACGCUGAACAUCAAACCACAGCCAUCGGUGGCCAUCAUGCCGCUAGGCACCGGCAACGAUUUGUCCCGUGUGCUUGGCUGGGGCGCUGAACCGCCCUCGGAGCUCGAUCCGCUGAAGAUUUUGCGCAGCAUUCGACGUUCUCGCUCGGUGAAUCUUGAUCGCUAUGAUCUGCAAAUUGAAAAGCUACACUAUCGCCUGCCAAUUCAAAGACAUCCCAUUAAGACAAUACACGUCUACAACUAUUUCAGCGUGGGUGUGGAUGCCUACAUUACCUACAAUUUCCACAAGACACGAGAAUCUCGCUUCUAUCUGCUGAGCAGUCGCAUAUUUAACAAGUUGUUGUACUUUACGUUUGGCACACAACAAGUUAUGCAGCCAGACUGCGAACGCAUUGAACAGAAACUGACACUGCAUCUGGAUAAUAAGCUGGUUGAGCUGCCGGAACUGCAAUCGCUGGUGUUUCUCAACAUUGAUUCAUGGGGCGCCGGCUGCAAACUAUGCGAACUGAGCAACUCGAAUGGCGAGACACGUAUCAUUAAUUCGAUUUCCGAUGGCAUGAUGGAAGUCUUUGGCAUUGUAUCAUCCUUUCACAUUGCCCAGUUACAGUGCAAUAUCAGCAAACCCGUGCGUAUUGGUCAAGCCAAACAGAUAAGGCUACAAGUGAAUGCCACGGUACCCAUGCAAGCAGAUGGAGAACCCUGGAUGCAGGCACCGGCAGACAUUCGUCUACAGUCACGGAGCCAAGCCCGAGUCCUCAAGAUCGAGCCAAGUAUGAACUAAUAACUACUAACAGCAGUAGCAGCGUAACUAGUCCUUUAAAUAUUGCACGCUGAUCAUAAUUUAACCAUGUACUUAACUAUGUAUCAAUAGGAUCAUAAUUCUUCCGUUGUUCCCCAAUCGAAUUUAUUUGUAAGUCUCGAAAGAAGUUUCUUUUUUAGAUUGUAGUUAGCAAAAUUCCCUAAAAAGCAGCUAAAGAUUGAAAUGUAACCAAACUUAAAUAAGACCCAAAAAAUGUAUUGAAAUUGUGCAAUGAAAUUAGCCAAAUUUUACUGAUAAAUGUACAAAAAAUAAAAAAGCAACAGAAAAUACUUAUAAAGUUUACGUCACUUUAUUCUUCUCCUGAUAAAUUGUUAAAUGUUCGACUGGUGUACUAGACAUGCAGAGUUGCAUGCCUCAUAACAUUUUUGGGGGUAUCAUAAUUAUUUGUUUAUGUGUUGUUGUUUGUUGGUAAUAUUGUAUCGAAAGGCGGGUAAUCAACGAAAGCAA